AUGACGCCCCCUGCCCUCAAAAUCAUGAGCAACUGCGUCGUCUUAGACGGCAAAGAGCUGGAGAUGGAGAAGUGGGCGAUGCCCCAUGAAGAUGCUGCGGCCCGUCUUCAGCGACCCGAGCUGAAGAUCAUAUCGCUACAGAAGGCGUGCAGCUGCACGACCCAGGCCUCCUUCGAGGCAGCUAAGGGAGCAGCAGCGCAUGCAGCAGUUGUAGGGGUUGUUUCUUCUCUCUCGGAUCCCCGCGGAGUCGCCAGCGAAAUGAAGUGGUGGUGGGUCCUGUGGGACACCAAGGAAACAAAUCUGCUUUUGACCUUCCGGGGGGAAGGACUGUGGAGCAGCCUGAGAAAGAAAGGUAUCAAAAGAGGGGACCUCAUUGCAAUACUAAACCCUUCGCUUCUUCCUAAGAACGAUGGCGCGGACUCGCGAGCAGCGGCCGUUGAGGAUGAAGACCAAAUCUUACAACUUGGAACUGUCAAGGGGAUAGCGCGAUGCAGCGCCAUGACUCGAAGGCAGGCGCAGUGCCGCCAAAUGGUCCACCUCCCGAGCAUGGGGGAGUACUGCCGAUUCCACGUGAAUGCGAAGGAGCAGCAGAAGCCAAAGGGGCCGCAUGCAGCCUCUGUCGCAGACUCAAUUCAAGAGCUUCUUGACAGUUCGGAUAAGGAAAGACGCAUGGCGAUCCUAAACGCCCUGGCCCCUUCUUCUGCUGCUGCUGCUGUUGCUUCCGAGGCCGCUACUGCUGCUGCUGCGGCACCGCAGCGAGACAGCAAUCUGCAGCAGCACCAGCAAAAGGAAAAUAAACCAGUGCAGCAGCUGCAUGCAAAGGAGCAAAUGAUGAGCAGUACGUGCUGCCCCCUGCUACCCCCGAUAGCCAUUUUGGCGCGUGAUCCUCUUGUAUCAUCAACUGUUGCUGCUGCUUCUGCUUCUGCUGCUGCAGAAUUGCUUCAGCGAAGUAUACUGCUGCAGCAAACCUCCAGCAGACCUUCACCGCCUCUGAACGACAACCUGAAAAGCAGCACCCAGGCCACCACCACAAGCCCAGCAGGUAGCAGCGCAGGAAGCAGCGCCAACAGCAGCAGCGGCAGCAGCAGCAAAAGCAACAGCAACAGCAACAGCAACCGCAAAAGCAACAGCAGCAGCAACAACAGCAGCAGGCAGUCUCCAAACACCAGCAGCUCACCCGCCACUUGCAGCAGCGCAGCAGAUAGGGACCAGCAGGCGGCGGAGGCAUUUGUGCGCAAGCUGCGAGAGAUUGUGGAGCUCCCGGCUGAGAUAGCACUGCUGGCCUUCAAGAACUACCGCUAUCUCCACCACGUCGCUACAGUUACAACAAAGAGCGCCCAAAAACCGCUGCAGCAGCAACAACAGCACCAACAACGGGCUGCGGCAGUGACGGGACAGCCCGCAGCCAGUGCAGCAGCAACAGCAGCAGCAGCAGCGCCAAAAGUGCGCGGCAGCAACGCUGCAACAGAUAAGGCAGCUGCACCAGCAACAGCAGCAGCAGCAGUAGCUGCUGCGGCUGCUGUUGCAGGUGGAGCUGCUGCUGAGCAGCGCCAGCAGCCCCCUACCCCCUCUUUGGACUCCGCAGCAGAUGUGAGGCGGGCGUUGCGAGAACUGAAGAAACCAAAGCUUGUUGCUACAACCGUUAGUGCUCUUAAGCACACUCAAAAGGCUGGAGUGGCAUUGCAGCUCUCAGUGGAGAGGCAGCAGAAGCGGCUUGCGAAGGAACAGCAGCAGAACGAAAGAGCAGCGAAAACACAACGUACCGCUGCGCCGACGCCCCCUGGCGCUGCUGGUGCUGCCAGAUCUGCAGCAACUGAUGCAGAGAAAAGAGAGAUUCUGGAAAAAAUGCUUCAACUCAAAUCCUCCGUAGCAGAUAUUGUCGAUGAGGAAGACGGCCAGCGCCAUUUGGAGCGUCUUCGUUCCCUGGAGGCCUCCGACAUUAAACAUGAAUUUAAGCAGUCCAUUAAGGAGACAACAGUUAAUGCUUUCUUUUGCCUCCAGUGCGAGAGGUACACCGACCGGCUUAAUGCUGCCUGCGUCGCUCGCAACCACCAACAGCAGCCGCGAAAGGCUACUAAACGUUUCGUUCAGUGUGGGGGCUGCGGCCACAAGCCCAUUCCAACACUCAACAACCAGCUCCCCGAUGGGUGCCCUAAGUGUCGAGUGGCGUCACAGCAUCUGAGUUUCCGUGUAAUUUCGCUGUACGCGCCGAAGGCAGAGAAGCUCCUCGACCAGGAAAAGCUUUCUAUCGACGGUACCGAUGUUAUAUCCUCCAAGAAGCAGCAGCAGCAGCAGCAGCGGCGCACGGAAGACGGCUCAGGAGACGAAGGCUUCUUUGAACACCCCGACCUUCCGGAUACUUAA